AUGGCCCAGUUCUUCUUUCUGAAAAUCAAUACUUCUUAUCUCAUCCUUGCAGACGCCACCGGCCGGGACGGGAACCCUGGCCUCAAGCCCCGCAACUUCUCGCUCGCCCGCCCGGCCCCGCCCCGCGGACCCGCGGACCCGCCACGCGCCGGCGCGGACGGACCCUCGGGGCCCCGAGCCUGCCGGCGGCGGCGUCCUGCGGCGGGCGCGGCUCGCUCCCGGCGUCCGCGGGCCGGCCCAGCGCGAGGGGAGCGGCCCGAGAGCGCCCCGUUUCUCAAAGACCCCAACAUGGCGUCGGCCGCCGCCGCCCGCGACGACGACACCCCCCCGCGGCGCCGACGGCCCAGGGACCGCGCGGGGAGGCGCCCGGAAAGUUUCGCUUCUCCUCUCCCGGCCCGCCAGGGGCCGGCGGACGACCAACCCGGGCUUCACCUACCCGGCCAGGCGCGGGCGGCGGCGACGAAAGUCCGACUCCUCCUCGUCCCGGGCGCCGGGCGCGGACUCUGCCGGCUCCCCCGCCCCGGCCUCCCAGGGUGUGUGCGGCGCGGUACCGCGCAGCCGGCCAGAUCUGGUCGCGAAGGACGGGCGGCCGGCCGGCGCAGCCGCUCGCAGUUCUUCAGGAGACUGGAAGAAUGGAAGGAAGGCUGGGCACCCUCUCCUCCACCACCGAACGGGCCUCCCUAGGGCACUCAAGAACUUUCUGCAACCAGGAAAGAAAGGCUUUGGCUUUAGGUAUCCAAAGGCGUCUGGGCAGACAUUUGUUUGCUGCUUCCGAUUACCAUGGCGAUCCUCCCCGUCACAUCUUCAGUUUGCUUCCCUAAAACCUCUACCUCUUGAAACCGAGGGUGCUGAGACUGCAAUACACAUACGUACCCCUAGGUACUCUGCACAGCCAUUUCUUCUAAGUGAGUGGCCUUAGAACUCCGGUCUUUCCAAAACUUGUCUCUGACGACACAAAACGUCAUCUACCUACUUCACAUACCUGGAAAAUGUAAGAUAAUAUGUAAGAUUACAUCUGCCUUUUUCGUUUAUACCACAGCAACUGGUUGCUAAGCGUGCUGUGGGUACCUGGAGAGAAAGCAAAGAUGCCUAGGAUAAGACAAGGAAUGAGGUAGGGAGGGAACGGCAUACUCGCAUCAAACAAAAAAUAUGUAGAUAGAAAUUAGAUUUGGGUAAAUUUUACCUUCUCCGUUGAUCUAUUAUUUCACGGAUAUUUUACCUUUGUUUGGUUGCUCUUGAGUUAGAGCCGCCAGCAACCAAGCUGCACGUAAAUUAGCAUCCACCCAGGGACCAUGAGCAAGUCUUGGUUCCGACCUGCUUUCUUUCCACCUGCUCUUCAGUAUGAGAUUCUACCCGCUCCACGUCUUCGGCCUCCCAUCCUCCCCUAUUUUAAUGUCUGAGAAACAAACAAAUCUUUUCUUUAAAUUAGUAGCUAGAACAAAACUGUCGAGGAUGAACUUUUUUUUAAUGGGGAAAGUUACAGGAUCACAAUCACACAAAUCUUUACAUAUGUUGGCUAUAGUUGUCUUUGUAGACGAGUACGAAUGUCCCCAGGACUCGUCUCAACCAUCGCCCUACCCCACCUUCAUUCAGCCUCAUCCUGCUCUACAUGCAGAGCAUCAUCUCAGUGCGAAAAAGGAUGGACUUGAUCAUUCUCCAAAAUCCCUUGAAAUUUUGAGAUUAGAAAUUGCUAUGUCUUAUUGGUUGUUAAAGUCUAGACUAUUAAUCACCAAAUAUUUUUUGGCCACUCACCCAUUAGUGAAAAUGUUUGCCUUCUCUCUCCUCCUAGUGUACUUGUUUAGCUUACCCUAUAGCACUUGGAGUUAGAAGCCAAAGUGACUGUACUCAAAUCUUGGCUUUACCACCAACUGCCUGUGUCCUUAGACACAUCCAAAUAUUGCCUUAGUUUCUUCAUUUGUAAAAUGAGACUAAUAAAAGUAUCUACCCCACAGUCACUGUGAAGAUUAAAUGAGUUAAUAUUUGUAAAGCAUA